AAGCAGGGCAGAUAUCNGGGCAGCCUGGCUUAGCAGUACUGUUGGAGAAGAGGCUAGCAGGCAGCAGAGACAUGGAGCUGGCCUCAGCACAUCUCCACAAAGGGCAGGUUCCCUGGGGAGGACUACUGCUCACAGCCUCACUUUUAGCCUCCUGGAGCCCUCCCACCACUGGCCAAGUCACCAUUGAGGCUAUGCCACCCCAGGUUGCUGAAGACAACGAUGUUCUUCUACUUGUUCACAAUCUGACACAGAGGCUUGCAUCCUUUGCCUGGUUCAAGGAAAACACUAUAUCUACAAACAAUGAAAUUACACGAUUUGUAACAGCCACUAAUGAGACUAUAACAGGGCCUGCAUACAGCGGCAGGGAGAUAAUAUACAGGAAUGGAUCCCUGCUCAUCCAAAGGGUCACCAAGAACUAUAUGGGAGUCUACAUACUAGAAAUGACAGAUGAACGCUAUCGUCGUACUGAGGCGACUGUGCAAUUUCAUGUAUACCCCCUAUUACUAAAGUCCAACAUCACAAGCAACAACUCCAAUCCCGUAGAGGGUGACGACUCCGUAUCAUUAACCUGUGAAUCUUACACUGACCCUGAUGAUAUAACCUACCUGUGGAGCAGAAAUGGUGAAAGCCUUUCAGAAGGUGACAGGCUGAAGCUGUCUGAGGGCAACAGGACUCUCACUUUACUCAAUGUCACGAGGAAUGACACAGGACCCUAUGUGUGUGAAACCCGGAACCCAGUGAGUGUCAACCGAAGUGACCCAUUCAGCCUGAACAUUAUCUAUGGUCCGGACACCCCGAUUAUAUCCCCCUCAGAUAUUUAUUUGCAUCCAGGGUCAAACCUCAACCUCUCCUGCCAUGCAGCCUCUAACCCACCUGCACAGUACUUUUGGCUUAUCAAUGAGAAGCCCCAUGCAUCCUCCCAAGAGCUCUUUAUCCCCAACAUCACUACUAAUAAUAGCGGAACCUAUACCUGCUUCGUCAAUAACUCUGUCACUGGCCUCAAUAGGACCACAGUCAAGAACAUUACAGUCCUUGAGCCAUUGAGUAAGCCCACCCUCAAAGUCACCAACACCACAGUCAAAGAACUAGACUCUGUGACCCUGACCUGCGUGUUGAAUGACAUUGGAGCCAACAUCCGGUGGCUCUUCAAUAGCCAGAGUCUUCAGCUCACAGAGAGAAUGACACUCUCCCAGAACGACAGCAUCCUCAGAAUAGACCCUAUUAAGAGGGAAGAUGCCGGCGAGUAUCAGUGUGAAAUCUCGAAUCCAGUCAGCGUCGAGAUAAGCAACUCAAUCAAGAUGGACGUACUAUUUGAUCCAACACAAGGAGGCCUCUCAGGUGGCGCCAUUGCUGGCAUCGUGAUUGGAGCUGUGGCUGGGGUGGCUCUAAUAGCAGGGCUGGCAUAUUUCCUCUAUUCCAGGAAGUCUGGCGGGGGAAGUGACCAGCGAGAUCUCACAGAGCACAAACCCUCAACCUCCAACCACAAUCGGGCUCCUUCUGACAACUCUCCUAACAAGGUGGAUGACGUCGCAUACACUGUCCUGAACUUCAAUGCCCAGCAACCCAACCAACCAACUUCAGCACCUUCAUCUCCAAGAUCCACAGAAACAGUUUAUUCAGAAGUAAAAAAGAAGUGAGCAUAAUCUGUCCGUCUGUCCUGCUGGCUGCACCAGUGAUGCAUUCCCAGAUUCUCUCCCUCACUGGAGGGUCUCUGCACACACACACACACACACACACACACACACACACACACACACACACUCACUCAUGCAUUCAUUCUAUUGACUCCUUCAGUGUCUAUAGAAGAAAAGGUGGAUCCUGGAGCCUACAGUUUGGCUGAGAGUGAGGUAUCAAAAUUUCUCACCCUUUCACUUUCCUGACCCAGAUUGUUUUAAAUUGACCUGUUCAGAGCACCUUCAUUCCACUCCCAACUCCAAGUCCUGCCCUGUCAGAGUCUGCCUUGACUUUCCUUCCAUAACCCUUGGAGGUCACCUAAGUGCUUAUGCCAAACAAAACAAAACAAACCAGAAGCAGGAAAUGGUCAGUCCCAUCUCUUUAAAGGCUGAUUGGAAGCCACCACACAUGAGAAGAUCAAACCUCCAUGGGCAAUCUACACACCCGACAACUGUCAUGCUUACCCAUCUGCAGCAUUGUCUCUGAACCUUGUGUCCUCACGCCUGAGCCCUUCUCACUCACAGCAACUAGAAAGGCUCUUUGGCAGCAACUGUAAGCAAACUUCUAGGCAGGAUUCAGAAGAAAAGACAACAUCUCUAACAUCCACCAGGAAGGUGCCCAAAAAGCAGAGCUGGUGACUUGGACUGACAGGCAUCUGGAGUGUGAAAAAGCAGCACAGAGCUAACCUUCGGAGAGUGCUGAAAUUAUUUGAAAAGAAGCCAUAUUUGGAGGUAUUGGAGUUUUCCUCUUUCAGAGAUGAUCCACUAUUUGAAAAUUGUAGCUACUGAAUUGCCUCUCACUUUGCCUAAGGGCCACUAGAUUUCUGUCUCCCUUGGCCUCUCAAGCCCUUUUGAUCAUGAGUUCCAAACCAAAAAUAUAUAAAUGAACAGCGAGGCAGUCCCUUGCAGAACCACUGUCAUGGGUCAGGCUAAGUCUCCUGCUUUUCUGAAUUAGUCAAGAAAAGCCUUGGUUUCCCUUUUUCCAUCUUUUAAUCUUGUCUUUCAGAUACUGGCCAGAGCCUGGACACUCUUCCUCUGCGAUCUCCAGCUUGUCUGCCUUCUUGUGUUUCUUCUAAACUCUAACAAAGACUGUUCUCACCUUCAAAACAUAAAAUAUUUACAAGCAUUUCACAUCCCCACCAAAGCUAGGUUUCUGGAAACCCAGGACCAGCCUCCAACUGCCCUUCUGCAGUGUUGCUGCCUCUGUUUCCCUUUCUUUUUGACUUUUUUUCCUUCUUUUGAGACAGAGUUCCAGCAUGGAGCCUGUGCAGGUUUCAAUCCCACAGUAACACCUUCUACAGCACCCCAACUGCUGAGACUGCAGCCCAGGCCACCAGGCCUGGCUACCUGGACAUUGUCUGUCCUGCACUCUCAGGAAACCUUGGCCUCUGCUAUGUCUGUUUGGCUCAUGUGAAGUGUGCCCUUAAAGGAAUGCAGUCACCCAUGCCAGAGGCAUUGUUUACAGCCUGGAAUGCUGUGCACUUCCAGUGGGCCAGUGCUCCACCGGAAGUGGGGUGUUAGCAGGGUCCUCUCACCCGGCCCUGGCCUUUCUGUAGCCUUGAAUCCUGCCUUCUCCACCAGGGCACCAGGGAUGAGUGCAGCAGCAGGAGGAAAGGCAAAUAGUCGCUUCAGGAACCUUCUGAGCUAAGGCACACCCUCUGUGCCUGUUAAGCAAAGGUUGUAUUGGAUAUCAAGUGUUUGGUCUCAUGCCAAGCCAACAGGCUUUGGAGAGAAUUGAUUAGUUCUCCUACUCAGGGAUUUCUUUCAGUCCUAACACAGCCUGUGUAUAUUUUGCUUCACCCACACAAUGCUGGAUUAUUUAAAUUUGCCCAGCUAAAGCCAAAUCUGAGUUACUUGUAAAUUUGCUCUAUGUUCAUAAUAAAAAUUUAUUAUAUAUCACUGA